AUGCGAGAAAAUAAUUUUAACGAAAAUGGUUUCACCAACGAUGAAGAUAAUUUUAGUGACAGCGACAAUAGUUCUGAUUAUGAUUCCAGUGACAACGGUGACGGCAGCGAUUCUAAUGUCGACUAUUUUGAUGAGGAAG